AUGAGUGGAAACAGGGCUGGUGCAGUUACCGAAUUCCAAAAAACUGUACUGACGGAAUAUUUAAAAGAUCAUAGUCAACUAUGUUCUAGUAAAUUCAGUGAUUCUUUUACUCAUAAGGAAGCCCAAAAUUUAUGGAUCCGAUUAAGUGAAAAUUUAAACUCAAUUCCAGGUGGUGCCAAAAAGGGGUGGAAACAAUGGAGAAGAACCUGGGCUGAUUUGAAACGAAUAACAAAAAAAAAGGCUUCCGAUACAAAAAAAAAAAUGAGACAAACAGGAGGUGGUGAGCCACCAAACGAAAUGACGCAAAAUGAAAAUGUAAUUCUUGAAUUAAUAACACCUAGCUCAACAUAUGGACAUGAAAAUAUUGAAGAAACUGUUGUACCUUUUGAUUUUGAGAACAAUUUAAAUCUUAUGGACAUCAACAAGCCAUCAACAAGCAGUGAAAUAAACAGUUUAAACAUUGGAAAUCAGGAAGAACAUGGAUAUGCAUUGAGUGAGCCAGCUGAAACUACAUCAGCUAUAAAUAAAACUACAACUCCUCUUAGAGGAAAAAGGGUAACUGCCAGCAGACGUCACAUAACAGCACUUAAAUUAAAUCAAAAUUUGGUAAACUCCAUUGAUGAAAAAAAAGAUAUUAUGGCAAAUUAUUAUGGAAACAAAAUAAAAUUCAUGCAGUUCAGAAAAGUAUAUUGCAAAAGAAAACUUAAUUUGAUGAAAGAAAACAAUGAAAAUCAAAAAAAGAUUUUAACUGCUUUAAGGAUUCUUUUGCGAAAUACCAGAAGUAACUAG